UAUACAUCGUGUUAGUAUUAGCUUUUCUAUAGUUCAUUGUAACAUGAAUGCGUGUUUGAAUGUGAUCAAUGUUACAUCGUGAAUGUAUGCUUGAUUUUGACAUAUGUAGAACAUUGCAGUUAUUAUGCAAAUACAACAUUUAGGCGGAUCUUCCUUAUUUGUUGAACAGAAUAUAUAAACGAGAAUGGCUGCAGAUAAAUAUUACAAUAUAGAAACGAAGCUGUCAAAACUAAAGGAGCUUUGUCAAGAAAUCAUUGAACGUUAUGGAACUGUGUCUGAUAUUGUUAAGAUACUAAUUAAUGAGUAUCUAUUCCAGCCAGAAAUCAAACAGCAUAUAAAAGAGGCCUCACAGAUAUUUUCAACUAUUGAUUCGGAGAAGCAGAAGUGUGACCGUCUUAUGAGUUUGGUAAUUAAGACUAUAGAAACGUUUGAAAUAAAAAAGUCAGAUAUAACACAUAUAAAUAGUACAGUGAAACUGGAAGCUGUUCCUACAUAUAUAAAUCACGUACCUAAAGAAGAAGAAACCAGCGUUUCAACACAGACCAUUGAUGAAUUUAGAAAAAAUAAUUCAUCUGUAUUAUUUGCAUUAUGUGGCCGUGGAAACGAUUUUGAUUCGACCUUAUCUUAUUUCGAUUCUUUAGGCGAUAAGCAGAAUAUAAGUAAAAGUAAUAUUGACAUGUGUGAAGUCAUCAAGAGCCUUACUUACACUAAGGAUUGUAAAGUUCAGGAAAAAAUGCCGAUAGAAAGCUCAUCUAUUCUUCUUCCAAGGUUUACAAAUUUGAAAAUAGGAAACCUCUCAGAACUCGAUAAGAUUAAAAGACUAAAAGACAUUUGUGACUCUAUACACAAAAUAAAAGAUGAUAAAUUAAAUUCUUCUCAUCGUCAUCGCAUGGAAACUGAAAACCCAGUGCGUGUCAAUUUUCGUCUCAGAGAUGACGCAACUCAUAGAGAAUCAAAAAUGUAUAGAACUUUCAACGCGAUAUUGCGAAAUAAUAUUCGUGAUUAUAGUGGUCAUGGAAAUUGUAGACCAACUGGAAAUGUCUUACACAGUCAAAUAUAUACAGAGGUGAACGAAGAAAUAGAUCUAUAUUCAUAUGAUUCGGGUGAUAUGAUAGUAAUGCCUAAUGAUAUUGAAGGUAAUCAAGAACAGCUGAGUGAACUUAUACAGUUCAUGAAGCUGUCGAAUAAAAAUACAUUCGAUGUGCAGAUACAACAAAGUUUAGGUUUGCAAUCAAUGGGAGAUAACGAAUCGUAUGAAUUAGUUGUUGAUAUUACUAUCAACCAAUCUUCAAGAAAGCCUCUGAAAAAACGGUUCAGUUUCCGGAUGCAUGUUGUGAAGUCUGAAAUGUUUGAGAAUGCAUUGAGAGACUGUCAGAUUUAUUCACUUGAGUUGACAUAUACCAAUAUAUUCCCAAGUGAUUGUAGGAUGUUUAUUGCAUUGCCGAUAUAUGGAGAUGGUUAUCUAGACAGGAAAGACAGGCUUGACACACACUGAUGUACAAGCAACAUUAUUAUAUUUUCUCUUUAAAAUCAGAUGAAUUGUAUUUUACCUACUAAACCAGUAAUUAUACUUUAGUUUAGAAAGAAUCAUAAAAUCUACAAUAGAUAUUGAUUAGAGGAAACACUUAUCAACAGGUUUUGCAACGUUUCAUCAAUAAAAGAUGAGAUGUGUAACACAUGGGUCAGUGCUUAAUGGACAAAGAAAUCUGUUACACAUUGUGUUUUUACUCUCAAUGCGUCAGUAAUAAGAUAUCGCCAACACAUAUGCUAAAAACUUCAGCACAUUUUCAACACAUAAAUUGUAAAAUGGACUAGGUAUUACACGUAUCGAAAAGGUAUGCAACAGUAAAUCAAUGCAAUUUUAGUCGGACACAAUGCAUGUGAUAAAGAACUGCGAUUUUCACCUUAAACUAGUAGAAAUUACAUCUUCUAGAGAGAAAGGAAGUACAUGAUAUCAUGUUGAUAUAAUGUAAUAAAAGACACCAUACAAGGCAUAUGUUCUCCGUGUCUACUCUUCAUCUACAUAAUCAUGAAGAUUGAUAAAGGGUUGUGAGUUGUAAUUUCAUGUUUGUUUAAUACAUCUUGAACUUUGAAACAGCACAGUGAUUGAACUACAAACGAUACUAUAUAUGUCUUUGCAGGAACUUAUAUAAAGCCUAACUAUUCUGUUCGUAAACUAUCUUACCUGACUAAUGUGUUUUGAAGUUAUUUUCAAGCAUAUUUGAUACAAUUUUCUAGUUGUUUUUUUU